UUGGGGGGAGGGGGAGCAGAAAUCUGUCCAUAGAAACUUGUCGUUUCGACUGAACACUGCAAUAAAGGAGAAAUUGCAGCAGGGCUCAGUAGCGACGCGAUUUCUUUCUGGAAUCCUCCCCUCGAUGCGGGAGACUUUGUGGUGUGUGUGUACAUAAAAGGGGGGGAGGGUGUGAGGAAAGGAAAGUUUUCUUCGUUUCCAAAGUCCAGCUUCGAGGGGGCUGCAGGCGAGGCGGCCGGAGACUCGAAUGGAGGCAACAAUGAGAUGACCCUCCGCUGGCGGGAGCGUCGUCCAAGCCUCGCCAGACAGGGAGAGCGAGCGAGCGCCCGGUGGCCCAGGCGGGGCGGCAGCGUCGUCGUCUUCAAUGCCUCUCUGUCUCGGCGUGCGGCGUCUCUCGCAGGGCUCAGGCCGAUGUCCCAGGUGAGAAGCCAGCCGCCCAGCCGCUCAGCAGACUCGCGCCAUGGAGAGCCCCAGGUGGAGCCGGCGCCCUUCCCAGCCCCCGGCGCAGGUCAGGAUGCAAACACAAGCCCUUCUGCCAUGCCGAAUUCAGCGGUAGCACCACCUACUCCAAGGUGUCCUACACCUUCUCAAGGCCAGUCCUCAGCUGUGGAGGAGGGCAACCCAUCACAAGAACAUUCAGUAUUUCAUCGGUCCUUGGUGAAUGGAAAAGCACCUUCCUCGGAAAAAUCAGAGGGUGACCUUUCUGUAGCCAUAGAAGCCGUGACACGCCAACCCCAGAGCCGAGUAACUGUCCAGGCGCAUUAUACUCCUCUUCUGCAGAAUGGUGCUGGGCAUGUGCCAGACCUUGGCAGUUCUAAUGGCGAGGCUGGGAAUGGUAUCCUGUGUUCUGAACUCAGCUCACUGUCAGUCUCCCAGAAGCCUCAUCGGAAGCUCCAGUCACAUCACUCCAUCAACAGUCAGAUCAGUAAAAAGAGUAAAGGCAGCUCCAAAUCUGCAUCAUCUCAGAUUCCUACUGAAGCACAAGAAGAUUGCUGUGUCCACUGCAUCCUCUCCUGCCUCUUCUGUGAGUUCCUGACCCUCUGCAAUAUCAUGCUGGACUGUGCCACCUGCGGCUCCUGCAGCUCCGAUGAUUCUGGCAUCUGCUGCUGCUGCUGCGGCUCAGGGGAAUGCGCUGACUGUGACCUGCCCUGUGACAUGGACUGUGGCAUCAUUGAUGCAUGCUGUGAGUCAGCUGACUGCCUGGAGAUCUGCAUGGAGUGCUGCGGUCUGUGCUUCUCUUCCUAAAACUUGGAUCCAGAUCCCAUUCUUUGGAUAGGAACUCUAAUGGGAAGCCCAAGGGGGAACACCUUGGCAAUGAGGUCUCCAUUGGCCUCUGCUUUCAAAUAAUCAAUGACCAAAGACACUAAGGAUUGAAAAAGGAAAUGAGUCUGCAGGAGGUGACACCUUUUGAAUCUGUUAGAACCAGUAUUAGGUGCACAAAACUGCUUUGGAAACUGGCAGCGCUCUUCCCAAACUAUUACAAAAAAUUGCAGGAUUCUUGAAGGACUAAGGGAAGGAGGGAUGUGCUCUCUCUCAUUCUCCCCUCUUCUUUUCACCUCCUCCUGAUGGAAGCUGGUGAAGAGCAGUGUUCCUGCUUCCUGAGCCAAAAGCAGGAGCAGAAGAGGUGCCCAGCCGCCAGCCUUUGUGUUUGGCAGGGACCUGAAGCAGCCACGCAGGACCAGCAAUCUCAGGCACUCUUAGCCAGGUGUGUCUGGUGGGUGUGCCGUUAAGCUAUGCCAGCUGCUGGCCUGUGGUCCCUGCUGCUAUUUGACUAUUGGAAUUCUUUUCUGAGGGCUGGUGCUUAUUGUUUGGCAAAAGCGCCUCAGGCGUACUGUUGCCAAGUAGUUGGCAGUCUUGAUGUUUCCAGGCUGGCUACUGAACAUCUCAGGCACCCAGGGUGAUGGCAGACUGCCUAAUGUACUAAGAAUUUUUUUUUUAAUGCAGCUGCUCUGGGCCCAUCCCUGAAACUGUAACUAUGGCUGGAUACUGCCAGGGCAUGAUGAGUCGUCCAUAAUGCCGUGAGAAACGGGCUUCUGAACACUCUUAAUUUGUCAGCAACUAAAUACUCAUUUUUUUCAGUGAGCUUUUUGAUAGAAAAUGUAUUCUAUCCUGCUCCCACCCCCCGCCCUUUGUUUUGAGACAUGGUAGUGCGAUGUGACCAGAACUCACAGCUUGAUACCUACCACAUGUGCUCAGUCCAACACCUCUUUGCCGCCUCUGGUGUUUGACAAAGAUACUUUAAAGAGGCUUCUUUAUAAACUGGAGACAAUUUAUAGCUGCAAAUGGGAAGCUGUGUUUUUGUUCCUUUUCCCCCAGUAAACAAACACUAGACCCAACACAAAGGCGCCUGCCUGGUUGGAAUGCUAUAAAAGGAAUAUUAGUCACUGACAUAACAGCCUCCCAAAUGAUCCAUCAAAUUGGUCCUUGGGUCCAUAGGGUGGGAUGGGGCCCUUACUGACUUCCAGAUUCUGUUCAGUGUGGGAUGGAUUUAUAUUUUGUCUGUCUAUUUGUUACUGUAAAUAAAAACAUUUUUCAUUUCUGACACAGAAAA